GUGCUGCCAGAGUGAUUCCCCUUGUCACGCGCCAGACAGGAAACUAGUUUGCGCAUGUGUAUGUCACGAAUUCCUGACGACGAUAAACAAGCACCUGAAAAACAAGUUUUUAUGGCAGGAAAAUGAAAUUCUGUCUCGAUCGAAACAAUGAAUUAUAGUGUGUUUAAGUUGCAGAAUCAAGGUGGAAAACCAUCCAUAUUUUGGGAAAAGGAUGAAUUUGGUUUCCCAACUGUGCCUCAACUUCUUCCUCCUAUAGAGACUGUUCCGAAGAAGGAUAGAAAGUUUGGUUACAAACAAAGGAACCAGCGGUUCCCUGUGCGUCGCUACGCAGAUGACCGGCACCAUGUGGACACAGAUCUCGUGUCGUUAACUCCAGAGGAGCCUCAUCCGCCACCAAAACCAGUGAAAAACUUCAUCCAACGAAAUAGAGAAAAGGUCAAGAAACCAGAGGGCACAGUGACCUUGACACAAGAGCAACUAAACGCAAUCCUCCGAUCUGUGGGUAAAGUUGCGGGUGGCAGUGAAAAUGCAGUUAAAAUAUCAAUAGAUCAAAAGGACAAGACCCACAGUGAGGUGCUUGUGGAGUCACCACGUCGUCAUGACAACGAUGACGAGUAUGAUGACCAAAGGGAACGCAGGCGCAAGAAAAAAUCAUCUGAAAAGAAACAAGAGGACAACAGCAUUUACAGCUUUUUGGAUGGAAAAUCCAAGGGCAAAAGCACUUCAGACAAUGAGAGCCAGCACAGUGAAGGCAGUGUAGAACAGACCAGAGAUACUAAGAAAUCUCAUCGAAGGCAAGACAGAAAGUCACGGAGAACAGAUGAAGAUAAUGAUGAUGACUACAACGAGGAGCCAGUCAGGGAUAGAAAACGCAGAAAUAAAUCAAAGCGUGAAGUCGACAAUGACGCUGAUGACAAUGAUUAUGAUGGCAGGACUAGAAAACCUGUGUCCAAAAAUAGACAAGAUGAAUUAGACAAUGAAAUCAAUGGGUUUAGACAUCGAAUAAGACUUGAAGGUGAGGAUAGUGAUACUGAACUACGCGAAGUGAGACGGAGGCGAAAUCGUUCAAAACCACGAGAUUCUGAGGACGACGACGAAGCUGAUAUUGACAGGCCAGUGCAAAGGACUAAAAGUGAAAGACACAGAAAAGAUGAAGGGUCUAAGGAGAGACAAAGAAAAGCUAGGAAAGAGAGCGAAGAAAGAGUCGCAAAUGAGAGUUUGACCAAGAAAGAUGAUGAGUUGAUUCCGUCGCCAAGAGAUAAGAUUGGACUUCCAAACGAUUUGUCCUGGCGUCACAUGACCAAGGCAGAGCGCCGAAGACUGGAAAUCGCCAGGCAGAAGUUUGAUGAGGGCGAAGAAAAAAAAGAGGAGGACAGGAUACAGCAGUUGAACGCAAAAUAUGCCCCAGACUCUGUCCUAAAUUUAAAACCACAAAGGCACAAGGGACCUCAUUCUGACCCCGCGACGCGAGUGACGAGGGCUGACAUAGGUCGAACCACUGACCUCUCCAACUACACAGACAACAACAGAAGAGGGCGCCACUCUCGGACCCCCUCUCCGGACAUUAACGAGCCUGCGCACAGCUCCCCGGUGGACGCCAGUCCCAAGACUGCCAUGGGGAUCCCUCGCAGACACAUGACCCUCGCUGAGAAGAAGAGACUUGAGUGGGAGAAGGAUAGGGUGGAGACUGUUGCACUGCAGCAGCAUGUAGGCAACUAUGACCCCUGGGGCAGGCCGGGGGCCGGAGCCCCUCUGAGGACCAAGUCUGGCCAUGUGGUCGCAGAUUACAAGGGUAGACAGGAGCUACUGCAGAAUGCCUCUGAGCAAGCUGCCCAGCAAGAGAGUAGCGGGCCAUCUGCCCCUCGAGUGGAGGACAAGGGAACCAGCAGGAAGGUAGGGCGACGGCCUCGGUCUCGGUCCCCUGCAGCUCCAGCCCCUUCAGCCCCUACCCAGCAGCCCUUGGGUCACCAGGCAGGCGUGCCUCUUACCAUGAGGAGCUCCUUUGUUCUAGGGCAAGCUGCUCCAGAUAUCAAUCUCUUGGAGAGCGCUAAAGAGAGAGAAAGAAAGAAAUGGCGUGCUGAACUAGAGCAACAGAUUGAAGAGAAGCGUCAACGAGAUCUUAACCGACCCCGAGAGAAUGACGAGACCUGGGCCGAGAAGUUUGGUCGGGACCAUCGUCCGAUACCUUUUCCCGAACAGACCCGUGACCCCGGGGGAGGGGGAGCUGAUAUGAACACGAGUGCUGAUGGGGGUGGGGGACUACUGCCUCUGGAGUCCCAUAGAGACACAAGCAGUGCGCCAGAACAGGGCCAGGAACAGUCAUAUCUGCGAGGUCAGAAUGUUCCUCUAGAUCCAGCCACCAAGCGAGAAGUAGAAGAGAAACGCAGGCGAUACCUUGAACACCAGGCGGCAGUGAGGGCACAGGUGGAGGAGAAGGAGCGUCAGAAGCGGGUGGAGAGGGAGCGCAAGCAGCGAGAGGACAUGGAGGAGGAACGCAAGCUGCAGGCUGAGAGGGACGCACUCAAGAGUCAGUUUGAGUUGGAGCAGCAGAAGAUCAAACAGAAAGAGCAACAGAGACAGACCCAGGUGAACCAGCUGAAGGCCGCUAUGGACGAGGCGCAGGCUAAGGCCCUUCAGGAGAAAUACCAGCGGAAAAUGCAACACCUGGAGGCUGGUGGGCACGACACGAAAAAGUUGCGAGAACAUCUGGAAGCCAUAGAGUUGAAUCUGAAUUCUAGGGUAACGCCUCGUGACAAUGACGACAUGGUCGUAGUUGAGCCUUCACACAUUCCUGGUCUUGACCUUCACACUUCCCGCCAACCCGGUUACCAGGCAACGAAUAGGGGACGCGACGCAUCAACGAGGCAUGAACCGUACCAGGAAGACCGCGUUCUCACGCCGAGUCGGCUUCGGCGCCCCUCAAAACCGUGGAGCGAUCCAUCCUCCCCUCGGCGGGAGUUUGGCACACAAACCGGUAAAGUGAAUGCAUCUGCUCCAAGCCCGGAUGUUGACAAUAUUUCUCGACUGGUCAACCCUGCAUUGAAUCGUGAUUACUCUGAAGUAGACAUUCAAUACAAGUUUGACAAGGGCAAGAAAGUCCGGGUAGUCAGUGCGCCCAAGGAGGAGAAGAGGGCCCACAAAUCGCGAGAGCCCACGCGAGAACCACGCCCUCCUCCCUCCCACAGCGGCUCUACCAGUCCCCACGAUCACCACCAUGAGGUGAAAGAUAGGAGAGAAAGAAUGGAGGUAGUGAGGAAGAAAAAGCUCGAGGAGAAAAUGAGGAAAGGACCUGUGAGACCUGGAAGCAGGCCGAAGUGGGGAUAUAAGAAUCCAGCUGCAAAAAAGCCUCAGAAACAGUCAGAAAAGGACCCUUUUUAUGAGCAGAAAAAGAAGGAAAGCGAUGAGAGGAGAGUAAAGAGGGAGCAGCAGUUACUUGCCCUUGUGGAGGCUAACAAGGAUAUCAUACCGGACUAUUACGUGCCAGAUUCUCAGAGAAUAUCACGCUCUAGGUCACGUUCUAAGUCGCCGUUUUCGGACAUAGAAAUGGCCAGUCCACGGGAGGUGAAACUGAAUCGCAGGUCAAGGUCAAUGACCUCACUAACUCCAGAGUCUCAUGGUCACCAUGGUGACAGUUACCACACACAUAAUAAGGGUUCACACAAGGAAGGUUGGAAUCGUCAUAGGAGUCCGUCCCCACCGGAUAGCGAGGUCAGACAAACGCCAUCACAUGACAAUGUUGACCGACCUAGUCGUAGUCGAGUUAAAUCUCCGCCGGUCCCAGCCAUAAGGCGUAAAACUGACAGUGAUCAAAAAGCUGAGAAUGCAAAACGGGGUGGCAAAUAUGAUGAUGCAGACCCACUCAAUAAGCCUGUACAAAACGGAGACUUUGUGCCAUUUACUCGAACCAUUGAAGUGCUUGACCCCUCGAAAGCUGAAGAACCCCUGCCCCUGUCAAGGGAAGCAACCAGAGUCGCUAAUGCUCGCAGGAAGUACUUUGAGAGUCUUCACCCGAACCAGUUUGGAGACAGACAGUAUCCCUUAAAAGAUGAACACAGGCCUUUCCCAGGCAAUCCUAAUGAUCGAAAGAACCCAAUUAUAAACCCAGGCCUUGUGCUGGACCGACCAACCAAUAGACAAGAUCAGAUACUGGUGCAGCUGUCAACUCUCAAACAGAGUUUAAUGCAGAGACAGAGGGAACUCGAGACCUUCUCUCCAACUGACCUCAUGAGAUACAACACUGAUAUCAAGGCAUGAGCAGCCCAUUUUCAGAAUGUGGAAUAUUUGAUAGGCUUUCGGAAGAUAUAAUGAAAUUGAAAUAUUUCUUUUUUAAUAUUUUAUUAUACCCAGGCAUGAGUAUUAUAAUUACAUACAAUUCUGUGCAAAGGUAUUGUUGGAAAAGUACAUGUAAUUGUUGAAGUGAUACUACCCUGAGCAACAGCAUGUCUUAAAGUUGUUUACAUCUCUGUGUAGAUUUUGUCAAGGUCAAGGUAAGGGUGAUGUCAAGGUCAUUGUUGAUGGUGUAAGAAAUCAGUAACAAUGUAAAGACAACCAAAUGUGUUUAAUAAAAGUGGGCUUGUAAUAUUUUGUUGAUCCCAAGCAAUUAAAAGUUUUAUGAUUGCUUGGUCUAAUUGCUGAUCACAAGCAAUUAAAGGUUUUAUGAUUGCUUGGUCUAAUUGCUGAUCCAAAGCAAUUAAAGGUUUUAUGAUUGCUUGGUCUAAUUUCUAAUUUCAAUGAUUGAUAAAGAGUGACACUGAGGUAUAAGUUACAAUAUGUGCUUUUAACAACAGCUGACUGUCAUUGUGAUGUAUUUGGGGCAACCUUUACAUUUGUCUAGUAUACUAGGAUAUUGUUAAUGAGAUGUAGUGGUAUUAGUCAUUCUUGCAAACCAAAGAAAUGUGUUAGAUAUCACAGUUGUUUAUAUUUUGAUGACAUAUGAACGAAUAUUUUAUUUGCUGUCAAAUCUCCUUCCAGAAAGCCAUAUGUGAAGUAAAAUUGUUAGAUUUACAAAUGAUCAUGUUUUUGUGUACUUUCGAAUGAUAUGUUUAAACCUGUACAAUGUAAACUAGUCUGUUAAAGCUUGAAAUUAUUCAAUUUACUACUGAAUAGUUAUGGAAAAAAAAUGUUUGCCAGAUUGUAUUUUAUAUUCUUGCUGAAUAGUAAUGGAGAAAAUCAAAAUCUACCGUUUCCAAUACUUACUUAGUUUUUGUGUAAAUAUAGCCCUGAUAAUGUAGUCACUAGAGGCUGUCCUAGCAUUGGUUCUUACUGGCGUUUCUUACCUGGGUUUAAUCCCCGAGAUUGUAAAAGCAACGAGAUUACACUACUAACCGAUCUCCUGCUCGGCUAAUAACUUUAAUAUUCAAUUAAAUUUGACUUUUUCGCUACAUGUCUGUGUUUUGCUGUCAUAUUUUGUUGAUCGAAUGCUCGGUUCUAAAACGCCACAUCAUUGGCCAACACAAUGAGAACAACCAACCAGAUGACGCGUUAUAAAAUUAAAAUGGUGUACAUGUGUAGAUGAAACACCGAGUGACGUAUAGCGAGAAAGUAAAAUUUAAUUGAAUAUUAAAGUUAUUAGCCGAGCAGGAGAUCGGUUAGUUGUGUACUCGCGUUGCUUUUACUGUCUUUUAACGAAUCCAGUUGCAUUUUGUCGGCAACUGCAUGGGAACAUGUGUGUUUUUGAUGAAAAAGGUCACUUCCAGUGUUCCACAAUCUUUCAGCAAUAGGUAUAUAGUACGUUUCAUACCUUGUGUAUAUAUAAUACCUAUAUGAGGGAUAUUGUUUAUAACUGUGUAUUUUUGUCAAUAUUCAUUGUUGAAAAAUCAAACCAUACACAAAAGGUGUACAUUUAACAAUCUGGAACCCCUGGGGGGGGGGGGGGGCAAAUUUAUGAUACUGCUGCCUGUGUACCAUACAAGUGGAUUUUUUUCCGUAUAUUCUUGAUUCCUCACGCAGCACAAGACCUCAUUAAAAUAGAAAAUCUUUCAGUAAAAAUGAAUUACGGGUAGCUGGAAGUUGUAUUUAUAGUUCAAAUUUCAUCCCACCUUUCGCGAGUCUAGUAGGAUAAUAAGGUAAGAGUGCUGGGAUACAUUCUGGGUCGUCUUGAUAAUGCCACCUCAGGCGUGGAAGGACCACAUACACUUAAAAGCACACAUUGAGUUAUAAUUUAGGGAGAAUGUUGAUGCAUAACUAUUCAUCCUUUCCGAACUAUUUAUGUCAUUAGGCAAGAAGGAUUAAACCCUGUGUGAGAUGUUGACUUGCAGUACCAUGUUUAUUUGUGCCAAAGCUGCCAUCUUUCAAGAUUCAGGAUCAAUCUGAUCUGUUGUAUCUAAUAGUGACUAUGUAAGCUCACUUGUUAAAAACUGUAUUUCUAUUGUAUGCAUGUACAUAGGGUAAAAUAGAUUACAAUUUAUAUAUGAUAACCUUUUUAGCACGAUGAGGAGGGGGUAAACUACGAUAAAUUAAGUUUAUACGUUCGUGGUUUAUAGUAGUUGUAAAAGUUGUAAAUGAUCUAGAUUCGCCUUUUAAUGUGUAGAUAGUUAUAUAUUAUUGUGACACGAAUUAAUGUCUUGGUUUCAACCUUGUGAUUUUGUUUUUAAAUGUUAUUUAUACAUUUGUUCAGUAAUUUAUUUUAUUUAUCUCCAACAUUUAUUAUUAUUAAAAUGAAAAAUGUCACCGAACAUGAAUGGGUUCAUAUUUUUUAUGCAUAAGUUAUUUAUGGUAAGAGAAACAAAAUAUGAGUUUUCUUUUGUCAUGUUAAUGAAGUGAAGAUUAAAUCUGCUCUUCCAUAAUUAAAAUAGGUACAGAAAACUCGAACUACAUUUCACUUGUAUCCACUGUGACUGUUUUGACUGAUACAUUUUACACUGAUUAUGCAGAUACUAUUUAUCAAAUAAAUUACCGUGUGUUUUAUUUGAGAAUAAUAUUUUAAUAUUGUCGAUGCUAUGUCUAGAUAGUUAUAUCUAUAAAUUGAAUGAUACUAUUG